AUGGGCAGCCGGGCCGAAGACUAUCACGACAUUGCUGCUCGCGCGCAACAAGGAGUCUUUGAUUCGAUACCGCGGAAAUGGCGACUGCCAGCGGAACUCAAGCAACACUAUGAUGGCCAUGCAGCUUCAUUCAUCCCAACGUGUGGAUUUCUGGACGAAAGGACUCUGGCAAUCACAAAUUUGUCGGCUACAGAGCUACUUGGUCAAAUCCAUACUGGCCAACUUUCGGCAGCGGCAGCAACAGAGGCGUUUUGCGAGCGGGCCUCGUUAGCACACCAAUUGUGCAACUGUUUGACGGACUUCUUUCCCGAGGAAGCAUUGGAAUACGCAAAGUCUCUUGACGAUGAAUUCGCAAGAACCCGACUGAUCGUUGGACCUUUGCAUGGGCUGCCGAUGGCUGUCAAAGAUAUAAUGCAUGUCAAGGGUAAGAAGACCACCAUGGGAUGGGUAUCAUGGGCCGACAAUCCGCUCUCAACGAUUGAAUCAUCCCCUGCUAAGGUCAUGCGAGACGCCGGCGCCGUCUUCUUCGGCCGUACAACGAUGCCACAGACUGGAAUGGCUCUGGAAACUAUCAGUAACCUCUGGGGUCGGACACUGAACGCCCACAACGCAGCUUUCGGUUCUGGUGGCUCCUCCGGAGGCGACGGCGUGUUGUGCGCUCUCAAAGGUGAGCCAGCUGCUCCUAUUACAACUGAUAUUGGCGGCAGCAUUCGGGCCCCAGCUGCUUUCAACGGACUAUACGGCAUGAGGCCCACCGCUGAGAGAGUUCCUCGGCACAACAUGAUCGCUGUUGCUCCAGGAAACAUAUCGAUCAAAGUGUCCGCUGGGCCCAAUUGCCACAACAUGGCUGACCUGAAGACCUUGACACGGGUUCUUCUCGAGCAUAAAAGCUUGCCUUAUGAGCCAACGACAGUGCCUGGCUCCUGGUCUGAUGAGCCAGCUGUGUCCCGGCCAUUACAAAUCGGCGUCAUCUUUACAGAUGGAAUUGUUGAGCCGCAUCCUCCCGUCAAGAGAGCGCUGCGAGAGACCGUCUCGAAGCUCAAAGCUGCUGGACAUCAAGUCUUCGACUUCCCCGUGCCGUUUGACUUGUGGCAGGCUGCACUCACAACAUGGGCUUUGUACUUCCAGACAGGAGCUGCAGAACACAAAGCUAUCUUGGCUGAGGGCAACGAGCCCAUGAUACCCCAGUUCGAGCACAACUUGAGAGUCUUUGGAACGAGGGAACUCACCGUACCUGAGCUACUUCGACACAACUCACAGCAAGCGGCAUACAAAGCGGCGUUCCAAGAAGCAUGGGACCAACAGGCAGAGGGGAUGGACUGCAUCAUCUGCCCGUGCGCGCCAAUGGCAAGCGUACCUCACGACUUCCCGGUGUGGUGGGGAUAUACGACCCUGUUCAAUGUCCUCGACUACCCAUCGGUUAUCAUGCCUGUGAAGGAUCUCAAAAUCAAUCCGGAAGAUGAUCCGAAGGACAUGUCGUACCAACCGAAAGACAACGCCUUCGAUAAAAAGAACUGGGAGAUAUACGACCCCGAGCUGUGGCAGACACAGCCAGUGACGCUACAGAUCGUUGGCCGACCCUGUCGAGAUGAGGCGCUGAUUGCUGUGAGCGAGGCAAUCGACUUGGUUGUCAAUGGGUUGUAG